CAAUCAACACAGUCAACCACAGAAGGGAGGCUACUCUCAUUUUCUAAUUUCAAGCAAGUGUGAAUUUUUUUAACUCUGUACCGAAGUUGAAUCACUAUGGCAUCAAUAAAAGUGCAACAGUCAAGAUUCGCACUGCUUAAGGUUGAAGAUGACGACUCAGAUGACAAUUCUAGCAAAUCAACACAAAGAAAGGGGAGUGCGAACCAAACUGGAGGACAAAAGAAGAAAAACAAGAAAAAGAAACAUCAACAAGAAAAUGAGCAACUAAAGCAUCUUGCAUUUGGUCUGCCUGCGAAGGGUCACCAUGGGUCAGCAGUGGUACAGAAUGGCAGUAAACCCAAACGCAGCACUGAACAACAGUGGGACGAGUGGCAGAAGGUUGAUGAGGAGUAUGCCCAUGACGCUUUUGAAAAGGACCUUCAACAGGCAUUGUUGCUAAGCAAGUUGGAGAAUGAACAAAAGAAACAGACUGUCAGUGAUCCCAGUAAGGCUUCAUCAGACAGCCAGAGUGGAGCAGGUGAUGGAAAGUCAAAUAAGAAGAAGAAAAAGAAAGACAAGCCCACCACAACAAUGUCUCUAGAACAAUUUAAUAAGAAUGAGGAACAGAAUAAUGACCAUGUGGGUCCCUCCUCACCUAAAGUUGCCAUAUCAGCAGCUGACAAACAGUUCUUCCAGUCAGUCACCAGCGAUGUAGAUCGGAUUUUACGGCAGGAAAAAAUGCAGGAAGAGUACAAAAAACAAUAUGCAGCAGAGUCGGUGAUAACAGCCAAGUACCAGGAACAGAUCAACAAGAUGGAGAAAGAGAUAGAGUUUCUACGGGCAACCAUGAAGAAACAGGAGGAGGAGCUGAAGCAGGUGAAGAAGAGGAACAAGCAGCUGUGUGUGAUCCUUGCUCAGGGAGAAAUGAAGGACAAGGCAGAGGUUCUCAUGCAGGUCCACCAGCUGACCGAGGUCAAGGAUGAACUCACAGACCAGGUGGCAGACCUCACAGCUGAAUUGGAGAAGGAGAGGUCAAAACUGCAUGCAGCCAAGUCAGAAAUUGAGAAACUCAAGGGAGGCAAGCACAAGUGAGGCAGCAGUAUAAUCAGCAUCUUGGAGGUGUCGGCCAUGUGUGGAAAUGUUAAGAUGUACUGUAGGCACAGCUUCAUGCUUGCUUCCUUUCUGUUCAGUGACUUGUUUGUGAGAAAAUGUGUUCAAUGUUAAUUUUUAAGUGUUAGUAGCUGGGGAACAAUUUUUUAAGCAUUCUUAAUUCACAUAUAUGUGUUGACACAACUUCGAUGUUAUGAAUAUCUUCUUGUGAUUUUUAUGCCACCACUCCUUUAAAUUUGCUGCUGCCAGGCUGUCUUUUGGUCCAUGUUUCAGUCAAGCUGAAAAAAUCUUAUGGCACAUGUAUGAUAUCUCCAAAUUUAUAUGACAUUGACUCAGAAUCCUAAUAGGAAAUGUUUGAUGAUUGAUCGAAAUAACAGUUCAGAUUAAAUUGAUUAUUGAUCAUGUUUUGGGCUUGAUUUUCAAUUAUUACACACUCUGAUGAAUUUUAAUAUGUUAUGACAAAGGCUUUGUUGCUAACAACAAAAAGAUUUGUCAAAACACUCUUUGACAUAUUGAGCAAAACAUAAUUAUGUUGAUCAUGUUUUAGCUUUGCAUUAGCAUGUUUUGUCAUAUUGAGAUUCAGUCGUGAUUCAUCAUCCAAAUAUCAUGCCAUGAUUAAAUCAUGUUUCCUUGUACGUAUGGUACCUGUUACCUUGUAUUUUACAUGUUUGAUGCACCGUAUACAAUACAGUAUAUCAUGUAACAUGUCACUUUGUACAUGUCCCCUUGAAAGGAACAUGUUAUCUGCAUGGUAUUUUUUUUUCUGAACUUUUGUUUCCAUGUAUUGCAUUAUUACAGCAGCUAAAGAAAGCAUGCAUAUAAUUAUUUUGCAAUUAUCACAAACAAAUCGUAUAGUAAAAUAGUAUAAGGUAUAGUAAAAUCAUCUGACAGGAAGAAACAGUUUUGAAAGUGAGUCCUUGGUUAUUUUAAACCCACAGUAAUGUACCUGUAUGUAUUCAUUGUCUUCACAGAAGAAACAUCCUGAUGUUUGAACAUGAACACAUUAUAUCAUCAUUAUAUCAGUAGGAUGUUGAAAAUGGUUUUAUCUUACUCGCAUUAAAAUGCUCCAAUAUUUACAUGUAUUUACUAUUCUUUUGUGUUUUUAAAUCAGGGAAUACACAUGUUGUAUUUAAAUCUCAUUAUGAGGACAAUUAUCUUACAUGUAUGUAUUGUGUAUUUUUUUCUGGAGUUGAACAAGGAAUCUUAAUUGGAAACUUUCUAUUGUUAAAAUCUCAAAGUUAAUAAAUUUCUAUUUUAUUAAAUAUUGAAAUUUC